CUCCAAUCCCGCAUCUAUAUUUCCCAUCAUGGCCUCGGAAAGCGCCUCGGAAUACGUAACGCUAGUAUCCAACGACGGCUACGAAUUCAAGCUGCUGCGCUCCGCCGCGUGCAUCGCCGGCACCAUUAAAAAAGCGCUGGACCCCAUGUCUGGGUUCCGGGAAAACGCGCAGAAUCGCGUAGAUCUGCCGACUAUCAAUGGUGUCGUCCUAGAAAAGGUCUGCGAAUACUUGUAUUACAACCAGAAGCACGCCGAGAGCAAGGACGUGUCGGAUAUGGAUAUCCCGCCUGAGCUGUGCUUGGAGCUGUUGAUUGCCGCGGAUUACCUCGAUGUGUGAAGUGUUUUUUUAAAGCGGUGCUGGUGGGUGUUUGGUCUGCUGGUGUGGUUGCGGGAAAGAAUUUGGUGGUUGAGGGAGUGUGUAGUGCGGAUGUUUUGAAUCAUGUGCUGUGGAGAAUUAGUGGUGUUGUGGGGAAGAGACCAGAGGACAUCAGUUACGAUACGUGGUAUCAUUCUUUCGGCUCGAGUCAGAUGGAACGCUGCAAAUGAUCAAUCAAUUACAUUGUUCUGUAUUUGUAUUUGCACGGUCUAGGUAAGACCACCCACGC